AUGGAGGAGGACCGCGUGAGAUUCAUAUGCAAAAGAACUGUGGUGAGCACCAAAUCGGUUGAACAAGGGCAAUUAUACCGGUUCUCAGUAUUCGACCACGUCAUGGAACCGAACCACAUCCGUCUAGUAUACUAUUUCCGGUCUUCCAAGACUAGAGAACCGGGAGAAAUCACCAAAAAGCUUAGGGAAUCAUUAGCAUACACCCUCAAUUGCUAUCCAAUAAUAACCGGGAGAUUGGUUAAGGACAUUGAUGGUAUGGAUGAGAAGGAUGAUCUGAACCGGCAAUGGAAGGUGAAGAGUAAUGACGGAGGGAUGAGGAUGGUGGAGGCGAGAGCGACCGGGACGGUGGAGGAAUGGCUUAGGAGUGUAAAUAGAGAGGAAGAGCUUAAGCUUGUUCAUUGGGAGGACAUGUAUCAUCUUCCGUAUUAUUGGUCUACCUUUUAUGUUCAGGUGACUGAGUUUGAUAGUGGUGGUUUAGCUAUUGGAUUAAGCUGUAGCCAUCUGUUAGCCGAUUCAGUUUGUGCAAUGAUGUUCUUUCGAGCUUGGGCUGAUUUAACUCUGACUCGAAACAUGAUGGCUCCACCACUGUUCCACUCGUUGCCGCCUCGCCGGUUCGCUAACCAUGGUAUGAUCUCUAACAACCAACUGCUUAGCCACUACAUCAAAUCUUGCGCCUUAAACGCUCCACCGUCAAACCUGACGGAGGACAGUAUCGUUACUGUUACUCUUCUCUUCCCGGAUCCGAUGGUCCGAGCGGGAGAGAGCGAGCCAGGGCUUUCCACAUUUGAGAUUUUGGCUGGACUCUUUUGGGUCUGUGUGAGUCGAGCCAAAGGGAAGACAAACGAGUUCGUGGACAUGUCAUUGUGCGUAGACGUUAGGAAACUAUUGCGUUUAGACCAAAGUUAUUUUGGUAACUGCAUGGUUUAUCACAAGGUUCAAUAUUCCAAACCGUUUAAAACCAAAGACAGCUUGUUAUUAUCUCACGCUGCUCAAGAUAUUCAUAACGCAACUAAGAGACUAGACUACGACACGGUUAUGGAUUUGAUCGAGUGGCUCAGCAGCAAUAGCAAUCCGAUAUCCAACGGUUCGGAUCUCGUGUGUACUAAUCUAGAGGACAUGGGGAAUUCACGUCCGAUGAUGUUCGAGAAAGAUUUGAUUUUGAGCCAUGUGUCUUGCUACGUGGAAGGACCUGUGGCUGGAGGUGGACAGGUCAUUGUGCUUCCGUCACCGUCUUGUGAGGAACCGACGAGCCGAGUGGUUAUGAUCAGUCUUCCUCGAAGAGAGAUGGUUAAAGUUGUAGAGGAUGAGCUUCUUCUAAGCUUUUCUCCGGUUUUACUUAUGGAUUAUACAAAACAAAAAAAUGUAUAG